UUUUCCAACUAAAAAAAUAUUUUCAUGUUAUGUAAUUAUUAUUAUUAUUUUUUAAUAGAAAACAAGUUAAGGUGGUGAAUGAUGAUGGUGUUCUGCUUCAGAACAUGGUGUGAAUGAAUUUAGCAAAGACAGAAUUUUCUCCUCUCUACUGCACAUGUGAAGUAAAGUUUACUCCCAAAGUUGCCCCCACGUUUUCUUUGCAUAUUUUAUGGGCGGACUUCCUCUUUCCAUUUUUUUCUGUUUUCUUGGAAAAAUCCACUUCAAUUUCUAAUAUUCCAACCUGUAACAACAAAAGCCUGCCCCAAACAUCUUCAUGUUGAAGAUGGGUAAGGCUUUUUUGAACUUUGAGCUUCUGGGUUUUCUUUUUUUUCAUUUUGGUGAUCAGGGUAUUGCUGCAUUUGUCCAUUGACAGUUUACACUCCAUUGUAGUGUAUAAAAUUUGGAUUUUUGGUUAGAAGAAGUUAAAGCUAGGAUUCAAAUUCUAGUGUUGGUCAGAUAGGGAUUUCUGUGCUGAAUUUUGGUUGGUUUUUGUGAAUUUGGAUUUUUAUUGAGCCAUCAGUAAUUAGGAGGAGAAUUUUUUAAUUGGAAUUAUAUUGAGGUGUUUGGAUAUAUGCAGUGGGGAAAGUUGCUUGCUUGAGAUUUAGAUGUCUAGAUUUGAUAUGGAGGUAUAGUUUCAUGUACAUUUUGUUGGAUACAGACAUGGCCUCAACAACAUCACCUUCACUAAACUCUUCUCCUUCUGCUGUUCCACCAACAGCUUCCUCCACUGCCUCACCCCCAGCCCCUUCUUUACCAUCAAAUUCUACAUCCACUUCACCUCCGCCAACAGUAAGUUUGCCUAAUCAGACCACUGAUCCCACGGUCCCUUCAACUCCUUCUAACUCUUCAACUCCACCCCCUCAAUCUCCCACGACAGCAAUUCCGGCUGCGCCCCCUUCAUCACCGCUAGCAUCUACAACAACGCCCUCAACACCACCACCAUCUACAUCACCUCCAUCACCCCCGGCAUCUCCACCACCAGCCCCUCCAACAUCACCACCUCCAUCAACACCUAUUGCCCCUCCUCCAGCUAUCACUACUUCACCUCCCCCUCCACCACCAGCGAGCAGCUCUCUCUCUCCCCAGUUCUCCCCACCUACUCCUGUUGCAUCCCCGCCUUCCCCUCAAGCUGUUGCCCCUUCUCAACCUUCUCCUGUUAAUGUCUCUACGCCUCCUCCUGUUGAUUCACCACCUCCACCAGCAGUAAAGGCCCCUGCUGCACCUCCAAAUGUUCGUUCUCUGCCUAGUAGUCCUCCACCUGUAACUAAUUCUCCUCCCACGUCUGCAUUGCCAUCUCCACCUCCUUCUGUCCCGUCAACUUCUAUGCCACCUGUAAUGCCUCCUGUUUCUCCAGAUAAUUCAUCAACAACAGGAACUUCUCCAUUGUCGUCCAUGCCCUCUAUCCCUACAGAAAAGCCAACUGCAACGUCAACUAAUGAUACCAAUAUCUCCGCAAAGACAACAUCCACUGGUGUGCGGAAUUUAAACACUGGGACUGCAGUGGCAAUAGGCAUUGUGGUUGGGUUUGUUGUACUCAGUUUCCUCAUGAUGGCUGUAUGGGUUGUGCAUAAACGAAAGAGAAGGCAUGCUAAAUCAAAAAUUGGGUACACUAUGCCUUCCCCAUUUGCCUCCUCCCAGAAUUCAGAAUCAGUAUUUGUAAGACCCCAUUCUCAUGGACCUUUGAGAGGAAGCCCUUCUGGCAGUGACUUCAUGUAUGGGCCUCCAGAGCCAGGAGUAAGCACUUCGAGGUCAUGGUUCACAUAUGAGGAGCUAGUCCAAGCCACGAAUGGGUUUUCAAUACAAAAUCUUUUGGGUGAAGGUGGAUUUGGUUGUGUAUACAAAGGUAAGCUGGUGGAUGGUAGAGAAGUAGCGGUAAAACAAUUAAAGAUGGGUGGUUCUCAAGGAGAGCGUGAGUUCAAAGCAGAGGUUGAGAUUAUCAGCCGAGUGCAUCACCGCCAUUUAGUCUCAUUAGUAGGUUACUGUAUAUCUGAGAGUCAAAGAUUGCUCAUCUACGACUAUGUCCCAAAUAAUACCCUUCACUACCAUCUCCAUGGUAAAGGCAGGCCAGUUAUGGAUUGGGCAAUUCGUGUCAAGGUUGCUGCUGGAGCAGCUCGUGGCAUCGCUUACCUACAUGAAGACUGUCAUCCCCGCAUUAUCCACAGGGACAUCAAGUCAUCAAACAUCCUUCUUGAUAACAACUUUGAAGCACGGGUUUCAGAUUUUGGGCUUGCAAAGAUAGCACUGGAACUGGAUUCAAACACUCAUGUAACAACACGCGUGAUGGGAACCUUUGGGUAUAUGGCUCCUGAGUAUGCAACAACUGGCAAGUUGACUGAAAAAUCUGAUGUUUAUUCUUUUGGGGUUGUGCUUUUGGAGCUAAUUACAGGCCGUAAGCCUGUUGAUGCCUCUCAGCCAUUGGGUGAUGAAAGCCUAGUUGAAUGGGCUCGACCACUGCUUGUUGAAGCACUUGAUAGUGAAGAUUUUGGAGCACUAGUUGAUCCAAGGCUGGAGAAGAACUAUGUCCCUAGAGAAAUGUUUCGGAUGAUUGAGGCAGCUGCAGCUUGUGUGCGUCAUUCAGCUGCGAAAAGGCCACGAAUGAGUCAGUUGGUGAGAGCUUUGGACUCAUUAGAUGAGUUGUCAGAUCUAUCUAAUGGAAUGAAACCUGGCCAAAGUGAAAUCUUUGACUCAAGACAACAUUCUGCAGAGAUCAGAAUUUUUCAGAGGUUGGCAUUUGGUAGUCAAGACUACAGUUCAGAUUUUUUCGAUGACAGUCGAAGUAGCUGGAGGAGUCGACAGCAUAGCCGGAGUAACUUCAUGCCAUAAAUGCAUCUCACUACAGAAUUAAUUUGAGGUUCAAGACUUCCAUGGCAAACAAUUAUCUUAAAUUUCCAAUCUAUAACACAGAACUUGAUAGCAGGCUGACAGCUUUGCUGAAUCCUGGAUUUUGAGACCCCUUAAUGAUUUUGCUCAUCUUGGAAUCAGGGCACACCGAGUACAGUCUCUAAUCAAUAUGCUUUUUCUUCUAAGGUUGCAUCAUUUUGUAUUCUUUUAUUAUUUCAAUUCAUUGACAAAGCUUUAAUUUCUGUAUAUUUUAUACAUCCAAUUAAUGCAAGUCUCCUUUUUC